AACAAUGCUGUGUUUGCAGUCAUUUAAAAUACUUAUAUUGUAUCUUCUUAUUUGUUACACACUUAUUUGUGUCGGCCAUUAGCAUACUAUCUAGAACGAUUGUUUUCUGGUAUUUCAAAUUCCAAGAUGGUGGAAGACACCCUAUCUACCUUAAGGAAUGAAAAAAAAUUACGAUGAAAAAGAAAAAUGCGGAAAAUUUCUUCCAAUGUUUUGGUUUAUUUCUCUAUCUUUCACGUGUCCAUCUUGCUGCUGAUCUUCGCAUUCAAUCUAUGUGUCAAUCGAAAUAUAGAGUUAUCCUUUAGAAAAGAAUAUACGGAGCAAAGAAGCCAAAAAAUGGAUGAAGUCGUUGGGAUUGCCAAGCGUAUGAAUGUCAAGCCUCUAUUGGUGACUUUAGUUAAUGGAGCUUUCUUUCCAUUUGUAUGUAGCUGGCUUUGCAAUACAAAACACAUGGCUAUUCAUUCACAAGUAUUGAUUCUCACAUCCGAUAUAGAAACAAGGAAUAAAAUUCAGAAUCUCUGGCCAGAUGUGAAAGUUGUAGCUAUAUCGAGCAAGUCUUUUGAAGGAGAACAGAAAUACAGUCAUGCUGGAUAUAUCAGACUGCUUAAUUUCCGGUCACAUAUUGUUUUGAAGCUGUUACUCGACAAUAUAGAGCUUCUGUUGUUUGAAGUAGAUGCAGUAUGGUUUUAUAACCCAAUACCACUGUUGUCUACAGAAAAAGGCUACGAUAUACUGGUGUCUUGUGUUUCUAGUCGACCAGACCUUGUUGCCGGUGGUUUUAUCUAUAUGUUUACAACUAAAGGAACAACAGAAUUAUGGAAAAAGCUGGAUGACAGACUACUUUAUCUUGAUAACAAACUUUCGUCAAUGCCAGCAAACAAGACAGUUAGUGACCAACAUAAUGAUCAGGUUUAUCUGUCUGGUCUAGUAAGGAAAAGAUUUAGAGGAAUUAAACCAAAAUAUCUAUCAUUAGAACUAUUUGCAGAUGGCAAAUGGUACAAUUUAUCAGAAUCAAAACGCAAUAAUUCGCAACCUAUCAUCGUAAAUAAUAACUGGUUAAUUGGUAAUCAAAUCAAAAUUUUGAAUGCUAAGAAAUGGGGACACUGGUUCGUAGACGAAAAUAACUUUUGCAAUGGUAAUACUGUUAAAAAAAACAACUAGAGACUUAACAGCAACUUUCAAGAUUACAUGCACGUUGCAGUGUUGCAAAAGAAGAUAUAGAAGUCAUAGAUUGAAGAUAAUGAAAAUAAUGCUGUAUAAAUUCGGUGCAUCCGAAGUGUUUUUCUAGAUUUAGAUAUAUUAGGAACGCCCAAACCCAGAUAUUUGAAAGCAAGCGACUCAUUUCACAAAAAAAAUUGUAACAAGUAAAAAUACUCGUAAGUCAGAACAUUUCAGUGUAACUUACUUAUGAUCAAUUCUAGUCGUAAGAUUUUUAGUGAAAAGACCUCAAGGGAUGUAUGAAUACGUAGGCUUGAAACGUUAGUAGCUAUAUGACAAAAAUAACUCGUGGUAAAAUCAAACAAUGGGAUUUAGAAUAGAUUAAUAAAUACUUUACUUUGAAAUAAUGUUAUUUCAAUGAAGUCAAGUUUUGAAAACUUCGGUCAAUCCUCUAUAUUUUGAAUUUAGUAUGUAGUCCUUAUUCUCAACAUCACUGUGCUUCUGAUUUCAGAAUAUUCAGAAAAGUCGAGUGAAUCUUAUUCAAACACAAACAUUCAUGGCCCUUCUAGUUAUGGUAAGUUGUGUUCGCAAAUGCAACAGUCUGCAUUUAUGGCUGAAAUGCUCGAGUCUUUACGGGCAGAUUAAACUUAUUAUUAACAAUUCAUGACGUAAUAAUCUAACAAGAACAUUUCCACCCCAUCGACCUCCUUGCUCGGCAAUUCUUUCGCAAAAUCCUUGACAUAUUUGGAACAUUUCCAUAAUCAUUGACUAGCUAAUGGCAAUGCGCAAAUUUAGUUUUGCCAGCUGAUUUAGAUGUGAUUAUCACUGAUUUUUUUUGACAGAAGAUCGGUCGGAUUAUGACGUGUCAGUUAAUCAGAAAAAGGCUUUUCAGAAACAAUAUUUAGAGAACACCAGUUACCGGAAAACUGAAAAACUGCGCUAAUAUAUGUAAACUGCCCGAGUUUUUAUUUUAAUUAAUUGAUUAUACAAUACUUUUUGGCGUCUUAUGAAUCUGACAUUCCUAUCGCGAUUUGCUGACCCAUGCCCUUGAAGAAACGGUGAGAGAAAAAAAUAAUUUUCAAAUUAUUCCCUCUGGUUACUUUAAUUCAUUAUAACCAUUCGAAAAUCUAACGAUAGUAAAAAAAAAAUUGACGUACAAUAUAACCUACAUCAGAGACAUUUAACAUGAUGUAAGAAUGUUUCUGCCUAAGUACAUAUAGCAUGUAUGCACUGUGAUUUACAAUAUUCAAUUGUUAUUUCAAAUGAUAUCUAUGGAUCAUUUAACCUUUAGUCAAUCUAAAGAAAUAUCAAUGUUUAUCUUAAAUAUUUUGUCAAAUUAACUUUAACUAAUCAAUCAAUACAAUUUCAAUAGGAGCUUGAAUAACUACAAGACAUAUAAGACAUAUUGACUGAAAAAUGUAGACAAUUGAAAACUUGUAGUACAGUUUCUGCAAAGGAGAUAGCUAAGUUCUCAAUGGUUACAAUUAAAGAUAAUUAUAUACCUGCGUCACCUGCGUUUAGUGUAUUCAUAUUACAGUUGGUUUUUUUUCUAAAGAUUUGAGUGAUAAUUAUAACCGAAUGUGUACUUAAAUGAAUAACACGACGGGUGCCACAUAUGGAACAGGAUCUGCUUACCUUCCUACGGUCAUCCCGGCUAUUGGUGGGGUUCGUGUUAUCCUGUUUUCUGUGUUGUGUUUUGUAUACUUCUGUUCGUCUUUUUGUCGUUUUUUUAUUUUGUCACGGCGUUGUCAGUUUGUCUUUGACUAAUGAGUUUGAAUUUCCCUUUGGUAUCUCACGCCUCUCUUUGAUGUUUCAGUCCUUGUCACAUCGAUAGCUCAAACAGGGCUAUUCAGCCAACAUAAUUACAAAAACCUUUCCGGUCACCACCAAGAAUAAUUUUUACUAAAUGAUAAUUAACUGUAAAAAUAUUUCCAUAAGUGUUUCCCUUUCAUCUACUAUUUCUUACCCUUGUCAAAUUUGAUUAAUUCCAGGCUUUGGCCAAAGGACAGUAUAUUUAUGCAUCUUUCAAAAGCUUCUGCAUGGUCGCAUUUCUGUUUUGAUUGGAAAUUACAAGUUUAUUUCCUAAACUUUUUUUUUUUUUUGCUUUUUUAAUCCACACACCUGAAUUGUGUCAUUCGUUUUUUCUUCUUCAAAAUUUGGUUUGUAUCCACCUUAAACGUAGUUCGAAAUCUUCAAUUUGUUACAUUCUACUUAUAAGAUCAUGUUCAAGAAAGGAAAUAACAACUGACAAUUCAAGUUUGACAACUUAUUAAUAUCUGGGACUAGUAUACUAAUAUAUAGUAUGUCCCAAUUAAUACCUAAGGCUGAUCGAAAGUGCUUUGUAUUACUAAAUUUCUUUUGCUAGCAUUUUUCAGUAAAUGUACAAAAUAAUAUUGUUAGGAAUUACCAAACGGUUCAUAAAUGGAUAGACGAAUGCAUUACAUAUAUGGUCUAGUUACUGGGGUGAUGAUAAAUAAUAAAUUAACAGUAUACCAUACGUUGGUGAGAAGGUUGCGGUAAAUAAACUCUUAACAUUUUUACCAUUUAAAGUUACUUUUACUUAUUUCUUUUGAAAAUAGAUGAUAACUGAAUAUGAUUUCAACAAAUAUCAGCUUUAAACCUUAUAAUAAAUUCAUUCUUACAUAUAACAGGUAUGAUGCAUAUAGGUAUGUACUACAUAACAUUUUGUGUUAACUUCGGGUUCAUAGAAAGUAUGGGUGGAAAUUAUUGAUGGUAGGCAAUUAGUAUUAGGACAAACACUCUACAAAAAUGUACGUAAAGCAGAGUCAGGUAACUUUUGGUUAUGUAGCACUUAGUUCAUGUACAUCCAAAACUAUUUAUUUUAUCGUGCAUGGAGAAGGCCAAUUUAAACAAAAACUGUUCGAAAGCAGAAUAUAUUUCACUUUGAUUCAUACAGUUACUUUUUACUUGACAGUAUAAUAUUGUUGAUAUUUAAUUAUGCAAACUUUAUAUUAUGUCAGCUCAAUAAACUUGAUACACUAAGUCAAAAUGACAACGUAGUGUUUUGUUUAGCCAAUCAAAGGCUCUG